UUUGCUUUGAGGAAAGCAAGCAGAGACCCACAAAGGAGUGACACAAUAAAACAUCUGCUACUGAGACUGCCUUCCAGCAAGACUGACGUGACGCACUUGACCUUUGGCCAGUGAGUGUAGACAGCAAGGUAAAAGGAAACAGAAACACUGAUAAUGGCGUUGGCUGGAAAAGUGGCCCUUAUAACUGGGGCAGCCCAGGGCCUGGGGAAAGCUUUUUCUGAGAUUUUGUUAAACAAUGGAGCUAAGGUGAACCUACUGGACAUCAAUACAGUAACUGGAAAGAAUACUAAAUUAGAAUUUGACAGAAUUUAUGGUGCAGAGCGUACAUUAUUUACAUCCUGUGAUGUCACAUCAGAAACUCAGCUACAAGAAGCUUUUCGAACAACGAUGCAGACAUUUGGAAGGUUGGAUGUUGUGUGCAAUAAUGCUGGAAUAAACAAUGAGAACAAAUGGGAACACAGCAUUAAUGUUAACCUGAUUUCUGUGAUCAGAGGAACAUACUUAGGGUUUCAAUACAUGAGCGUGGAAAGAGGUGGCCAUGGGGGGGUCAUCAUUAAUGUGGCUUCAAUGGCAGGUCUGUUUCCUAUGAGUUUUGGACCCGUCUACUCUGGCUCCAAGCAUGGAGUGGUUGGCUUUAGCAGAUCUAUAGCGGAAAUUACAAAGCUUAAUAACUGUGGUGUCCGAGUAAAUGUCCUUUGCCCAUCAAUCACAGACACUGACAUUCUCAAGACAAUCGCCUCUGAAAACAAUAUGGGACAGUUUGCCCAUUUAGCUAACAUUGCCCAGAAGACAAUGGAAACUGUUGGAAUUUUGAAACCAUCCUUGGUAGCUGAAGGCUUUCUGCAGUUAGUGACAGAUACCACUAAGAAUGGGGCAGUGAUGCGUGUGACAAUGAACAGAGGAAUCGACUACCAUCCAUACAAGCAGGCCUCACUGUGAAUGGACUGUCUUCCUUCAAUAUGCCAUAAUCUGUAACAAUCUAAGUGUUUUGUGCAGCCUGUGGUGUACAGUGGCACAUCUACUGGGUCUGACAUUUAAAAUAAUUAUUUCCAUAUUAUAGUCACCUGUUGCCUUCUGAGACUUGAGACAACAACUCCAAAACAUAAUCUAGAAACUAGGCUUACAUUUAAGAACAACUGCUGUUCAAUACUGCUGGAAUAUGAUUAUAUUAGAAAUAUAAUGCAGCAGUUUAUAAUAUGUGGCCAAACUAAGGAGAGGAAAAUAUGCUUCAGCUAGGACUUGAACACAGGCCAUCUGAAAUACUAUUCUAGUUGCAUUGCCUGUUAUGCCACUGAGGUACCAAAGACUUAAACUAGAUCUAACUAAACUUGUCAUUCUUUAGUUGAUCAGCCAGCCCUGCUAUCCUUCCAAAAUAAUUACCAACUAUAGUGAUUCAUACAAGAAUUAUUGUGCUGAAACACAAUUGUAUCACUAUUUGUGUCAAUUUUUUAUUUCUAGCUUAGUCAUUACAUAACAAAGCAGGUGCACUGAGCUGUAAAUGAUCAUUUCAUCCACAUCCUGUAGAACAAUGCAAAUUUCACACAAGAAAUAGAAACGGUGACCAAAAAUAAGAAAAUUAAUAUGGUAAAAUAAAGAUACAGUGAGUACAUGACGGAAAAGAAAAAAGUGUUGACUGAAAACAAUUCAUAGUAUUUUUUUAGCUUAGAUUUACAAUUGUAGUACAAGGCAACAGUUGGCUGUUUGGCUGACGGAAUCCAAUUAACUGCUUCACAUCACUGAAUUUUUCACUGAAACGCUGGGUCACCACAUGGGGGCUGGGUAAUAGAACUGAAUUGGAUUAGAUUAUAAUAGCUAAGGUGCGCAGGAAUAUGUACCCUGCAUAUGAUUUGCUAGAGGACUGGGGAGGGAAAAAACUACAAACAGAUGUAAGUAAGAAUAAUCGGAUACUGACAGUCUAAGAAAGAUGUCAGAUUUAGCACUCAGAAGCCAUCUGUUCAAUCAGCAGAAUAAAUCAAUGGAUCUGAUUACAGGGUCUAGGCACCUAACAGAAAACUGGAACAUACAUACUUUGCUACUGCUCAGUUGCCACUGUGUGAUGUAUUGUACUGAACAGCAGUUACAUGCAGCAUGGGUUCAAGUCUCUGAUAACACAAUUUGUAACUUCUCAAUUUUUGAAAUGUGUAUUAUAUGAAAACAAACCACAGAUAACUAAACAACCCCUUAGUUGUGCUCGUGAAGUAGUUAUGAUAUCAUUAUGGACAGUGUAUGUUUAUUUCUUGAUGUUGCCAUUUGAUCACUAAGAGGUGUACUCCUGACAACUUUGGUCUCUGCCUACCUGAAGCACUUAACUUCUUUCCUGAAUAUAUAUUUCACAAAUAUGCAUGUCAUACUUUUGUAUAACUGUAAUUAUUAAUUAUUUUUAUUACUAUAGAGCUACAUAUAUUGAAGGAAGAGUAGGAAGUCUGACAAUAGCCCUGGUCCCGAUUUGCUGCUGUUGGAACAACUGAAUGCAAUCCCCGGUAGCACGACACAUUCAUAAUUAUCCUGCUACCACCGAAUCUGUCUUUUGAUCAAAGGCUUCAGCAUAUGACCUGAUCCUGUGGUGCAGAGGGAUGAAGCCCUGAUUGCACCCCAGAUGACCCAUGUUUAACUAGUGGCAUGGAUGCUGGUGGGAUCGGGUGUGUUGGAGAAUGGAGGUGGUGCCUAAUACUGUCUCUCCCAUCCUGAGGAGAGGAAGCCUGCUUAGAUCACUGUAUUGGCAAGUGCUGCAGCAUUAAGAGUCUAGCAAGUCCUGUGCUGCAAAUGAUGUGCUGCUUGGACAGGAGGCUGCGUGUGUGUAGAAGCAGGCAUGUACUUCUCUAUAAGGCUGCCACAGGGUUGGGGAUAGGACAGUCUGCAAGAUCUGAAGACUAGCCCACUCCUUAAUUACUCACCUCUUAAGUGCACCUGGAAUUAAGGGACCGGACAACACUCACCUCAGAUGAGGAACAAAUGGGUUAUUUGGGUAGGAGAAGGAGAGCCAUUAGGCUGACCUUGCAGGUAAUUUAAAGAAAUCAACAAAUGAAGCAGAAUAGUCCAUUUCAUUACAGUGUUUUAUAAUAUUUCUGCUAAAAGCUGUUCAUCCUUAUUGGUGAGAAUGAAGGAUUAUGUGUCAAUAUUUUUUUUCUCUCAAUCGUAUAUAGCUUAGUUGACAUCUACGUUUAUAUCACAAUACAUUUUUUUGUGUCUGUUUUUCACUACCUCCAGCCAGAUAACCUGAGUUACAACUGCCUUCACAUAUUGCCUUCUUUUGUGCAAAUAGCUUUCUUCCACAAGAUAAUUCCAAUCAUAAGAACUGCAUUUUGUCCUGGGAAGAAAAUAGGACCAAAUAAUGUAAGAUACACAUUGUAAUACAUGUUGCAUGCUACAUGUGUGUAUGUGUGUGUGUGUGUGUGUGUGUGUGUGUGUGUGUGUGUGUGUGUGUGUGUGUGUGUGUGUGUGUGUAUACUUGAGCGUCUGUGUGCAUGUGUGUGCAUGUGUUGGUGGGAGGAGAAAGAUGACUGUACAUCUGAGAAAUACUUUGGAUAAUUAUUUCUUAUAAAACAUAAUUUGUUUAAAAAAUAUAAGGCAAUGUAGUAAAAGCUCAGAGAAAUUUGUGUCUGAACACAAUCAAUGUUUUUUUAAGCCACUCUGAAAUGCUUUGGUGUGCCAUUUGUUCUGUGCAGGAACCUGUUAGAUGUAGCAAAUUUAAAAAUGUGUUUACAUUUUGUAUUUUAAAAUUGCAUACUUAUAAAAACAUUGGCUUGUUAAUGAUACAUACGUAGAUAAACUGUUUUAUAAAAUCAAUCUGUAUGAAAAAAAGGUCUUACUUAGAUGUUAGCCUACUUGAGGAAGAAGUAAAAUAGAGCAUCUUGAAAGAAUCUUCUGACUAGCCCUUUGUCUGAUCCAGGAAUGUGCACAGUCCAAAACAGUGAAUACUAUCCUCUCCUAAGGAUUUUACCUGGUGUACUUGUGAAGCAAAUACAAGCCAUCAUUGACUCUACAUUGGAUAAAGAGGAGGACAUUGCCAAAAGAACAUCUGGAUGUCUUCUCUGCCUACCUGUACUUUAGGGAUUGUGUCAGAGUAAUCUGGCUUUGAACAAAUAAACUCAUGUUUAUAUAAAGAAAGCAUCUGUGCUAUGAUAUGUAUUAGUCUGCUUUAUGCAAUGUAGUUUUGCUGUUCAGAGAGAAGUGGAUGAAGGUGAGAAUGACCAAUCUCAAUUGAUGAAGAACAGCAAGAUCAAGAAGCUAUUUUCUGGAGGCACUUUGGCUGUAAUACUUUGCCUUUCAUGCAUGAUAAGACUAGCCCAUGGAAGGACAAGACAGGGCUACAUGCCACAAGAUCCAAAAUGGCUGUAGCAUGUGCAGGGCCUCUAAUAUAGAGGACAGGACAGUGCUACAUACCACACAAUCUGUAAUGGCUGUAGCAUGUCCAGGGCCUCUAAUAUGGAACUAAUGACAGGGAGCAUUUUCUCAAAAACAGCUGGUUACAAAAUGAAAACAUUUCUUAUGAGGCAGUGUGGUUAAGAGUUUUGGGUUACUGAUACAUCUUUGAGGAUUUUAGCUAUUUGACUCAAAUGUAUAGAAUAUCUGUAAGUCCCUCCCACUUUUGGGAAUCUUAAUAGGCUAUUCCAGUCCAUGUAAUAGGCUCAGCCUAAACAUUACCCCAUGUUCCUCUUAGCACUGAGGGACAUCAGGAGGGGUAAACAUAGGGGUGGAUACAUAUAAUCUACCAUUUCUUUAUGGGCAGUAUUAUAAGUUGCAGAACAAAACCUGCCAUUUUCCAGCUUUAAAGCUUCUCAGUAGAAUAAAGGCAAUAAAGUGUAAAUAAACUAUAUCCAGUAGACAUCAGUUCAAGUCUCACAGCUCAUAUUUCCUCAACUGUGACACUUUGCAGAAAUCACUUAACUGUAGCAAUGUUUCUAUGCUCAUCCCUGAAAACAUACAAUAUGUCUAGUGGGCCUCACUCUAACUAAAGGAUAGUUUGAAAGAAGAUUGGCAGAAGUUGAGAGAAUAUACUUUUUAAAUAUAUCAUUGAAAAGAAAAUGAAAGAAACAGAAUUAGGUUAUUAUGGGACAUGACAGAGAUCAAGGAGGUACAUAGUUAGUGGCAGUGUUAAAUGAUUAAUUUGUAUCAGUGUUUACUAAAGAAAAGGCAGGUACGGCACCUUUCAGGAAGAGUAAUGGGCUUCAAUGGGAAAGCAAUGGAUUGAGAGGGAGGGAGGGAAAAUGACUUGUUAGCUCUAUGUAGCAAUGGCAGAAGUACUCAAGGAAUAGAAACGGUAGAUGAGCUACCCUUGUGUAAAAAGGGAAGGAAGAAAUUUCCUGUAGCUGUAGAUCCAGUAGUCAACCAGUCAUGAGAUUAGAGGAAUUUCAGAGAAGAAUAUUUUUUUCAGUAUUUUAAUUUCCACGUCAGCCAUCGUGUAUUUUACAAUAUUUAUGAGUUUCAUUCAUUCAACAAUUCUUAUCCUCAUACCUACUUUGUCCUAUGAAGGAUCACUGAAGAGAGAAAACCUGUCAAUGCACAGCUGGGAAUUGAACCAGAGAACAAAGAGCAAUGUUAGCAGCUGCAUUGCUAUACUGCCUGUUAACAUUUUCAGCCAUACAUAGUACAAUUUAGUUAGUGGGUACUAAGGAACAUGACGGGGGUAUGUCUGUGACUGUGGUUUAUCCGGACUUCAGUAAAGCCUUAAUUUGUUCCCAUAUAGGGGACCUUUAGAAAAACUGUAAGAGAGUAGGAUGUAAUUAUAAUUAAGGAAAUGUUCUGCAUCUUGGAUGAAAGGCAGAACUCUAAAAUCUAUGGUGACUGGGGUGACAUUAGAAAGGGACGAUACCACUAGUGGGCUGCUGUAGGUUCUGUUUAAUGUCUAGUACAUUGCAGUGUUCAUGUUUCUGGCAUAUUUAGUAAUAUACUAAACAAAAUGUAUCCGUUUGAAGAUGACACAAAGAUAGAGACAUCUGCAUAGAACAGGGAACUAGUGUAAAGAAUAGUUGUAAUGGUUUGAACUGAGACAUUAAAAUGGAUGUUGAGUUUCAAUAUAUAAACAAAUGCAAAGCAUUUCAUCAGUGUCUCAGUAACCUUAUGCCCAUAUCAUAUGGAUGCAGUGUAGUUAUUAGAUAAAAAGCAAGAAGAACACCUGGGUGGUUAUCUUAUCUAAAAUUAAUUUUCAAAGUGGAAUCAGAAUUCUGUGACAGCAGCAAACAGAUAUUUGGAUGCUUCUUUCUUUUUCUAUUUUUGAUUAAAAAAUAAAGUAUUUGUAUCACUGGAUCAGCUACAAGUAAUGUCACAUUUUGAAGAAAGAGAAAGAUGUUCACAGUUGGCAUCUAGUAGGAGUAAACAUUUCAGCAUAUAUGAAGAACAGUUUGUAAACAGAGAAGUUUGCAACUCAUGCAAUGCACUUUGAGAAUGGGUAGUCAGGGUGGAACCCACUGAGUCAUUUGAAAAACCUGAGAUAAAUGGAACAUGAAAAGGAAGGGUGCAGGAGGAAAUGAAGGUAAAUAAAUAAACAGUAUUUACAUCUGCAAGCCUCCUUGCCUACGCUUGCAUUUACCUCAGCAUAACAAAUUACAGUUGUAGGCAGCAGCCUUCCCUUUUACAUAAUUUACCUAAGCCAGUGAAGAUCUUGUCUGUUGUGCCACUGGACUUUUCACUCACUUCCUCUCUGUUCUCAGGCAUUUGGACACAGAGUGGUUGCAGACUGCUUUGACAGAGUACUGAAACCACUUUAUUCCAUAGUGCCAAACUUAAUAUAAUUGUCACCUCUCUGUCUCUCCUUUUUAUUCUAAAUAUGCCCUCAGUACAAGGAGUUAAUUUCCCAGGAAUUAUGUUUGAUUAAUAAGGUAUAAAGGCAAUACAGGAUUAAGUGAUUAACUGGUCUCAUUUUCUGACCGUGAAGCUGGACUAAGUAUGCUGAAUUUAUAUUCUCUCUCUAUCUGUCAUAGAGUUGUCCUCAUCCUGCUAUGUAGGGCCUUCAGAGCCGAAUAGCUAUUGACUGAACUAGGGCUAACGUCUAGCAACCCAAGGUUAUGUGGGUCAAAAUUCAGUCUGAUUAGGGGACAAGCAAGUACUUGUAUAAGGAUGCACCGGACUGGUUUGUGGACAGUGUUGUCCCUAUAUGCAAAGGUUUUGUGGUUGAUUUGAAUAGUGCUUUUUAAUGCUGACAUUAAUUGUUUAAUGCUAAAGUCUUGCCUGGAAAUGAAAUGUAUGUAUGCAUGUAAGUUGAAUGACUUUGAAUAUAUUACAUCAGUACCUGUCUAAUCCCCUGUCUUCAUCAUAUCCCUUUCUGUAUGAUUCUUUCAUGAAGACAGCUUUAUUUCUGAGCAUACACAUUAUGUAAUAACUUAAUUUACUGAAGUUUAGCCCCCUUUCCCUCUAGACUUAGUUCUACAUCCAGUGUUGCCAAGCACUGCUUACUAAAUCAACCUGAAAAGCAUUUUUCUCUGUGUUUGGAUUGCUGUUAACAUUGUGUAUUGAUUUCUCUUUCAGCAGUGAGUCAAGUCCUACAAAGGAAAGACACAAAUACAGAGUUCUGCUGCAACUCUAUCACUUGUCUUCAUUUAUUAUAAUUUCUUCUUACAUAGGAAAUUUGUAUCAGGUCAUUAGUUUAGGAUUUUAACCUUGCAGCUCAUUCUCUGUUUCUUUUCUGUACUUAAGCCAUAACUCUUGUGGCUGAUACUAACAAUAUCUAGUAAAGUUAUUGCCAGCAAAUUGGAAAGAAAGUACUUUAAAACCAGAGAAGAAAAUGGAGAAAGGGGGAUUUUGAAGGACAGAUACCCUGAAUUAUAUUCAGUGAGGUGAAAAUCAGGUUUAUGAUUAAUGAAAUGUAAGUUAACACUCAAGUGUGAAUAUUGCAUGAUGGAGCAGAUUCCAGGUUUUUGGAAAGAAACAGCUUGAACAGUCAGAUGCCCAUGUAUGUCUAUGUGUAUGUGUAUUUAUGUCUCUGGGCCUACAUGUAUGUGUGUGUGUGGCCCAAGGUUGUAGAAAGACUGCAUAUCUUGAUGCUGAGAAAUAUAUUUUUCUGCAAUAUUUUACAUUUUUGGCUUUUUUCUUCACUGCAACAUUUUCCCUUUGUUAACUUGACUACGUUGAAGUUUUGCCUACUGGUUUUUAGAUACAGCACUCUUCAAACAGUUUAUCGACAACAGGCAUGUAGUAGACAUUUACGUAACACAAAACUGUCAUUUGGGAAACCUGUAAGAAAUGUAAGCAUCAUUUGCAUGAUAUAGUGGAGGAUGGGCCAUUUUGUGGGCAAUACUUGUCAAUUACUACAGUAAAGGGCAGCUUUUAUAUAAGCUAAAGAUAAAAAAGGAGCAGAAUAUCAUUUGGGUAGGUCCACAUAAACAUAUUUUUUACAUAAAAACAAUGAAGUUUACACUGAAUAGUAAUAUAAAGUUUAUAAAGAUACCAUACAUGCAAGUAUUUUUUUUUGGAAAUUUUGAAGGAGGUUAAGCUUCCAUGAAGAAUGCCAGUAAUGAGUGAUGAAACAAUAGUUCUGGACAAGGUAUUCUCCCACUCUGAGAAGGGAGGUAUUAGUAAAGAUAAAAAUACAAAGAAGUACUUAUGCUUGCUGUUGAGAGGGAGUUCAGUAUAUUUUGCUAAUUUGCCAAAAGUUCAGAUAACAACACAUGUCUAAUCUAAGAUAAAAUUAGAGAAAGAGAUUUGCUUUGGUCUUCUCGAGGGUAUGUGGUGUGUGUAUGUGUAGUGUGUGCGUUGUGCGUGUGUGCGUGUGUGAGUGUGUGUGUGUGUGUGUAUACGCACAUGCAACUCUGUGUGUCUGUAGCCACUUCAUAAAUCUCACUAAGGUUAAAGCAGUGAAUUUCUGUGACACAUCAUCAAGCUCAUCUGUGUUUCUGCAGAUGGGUAAACUGUGCCCCUUGUGGCACUUGCCAGUAUUGCACAAACUCUGUAUAACCUCACAUGAAAAAUUCACACAACUAAAGUAUUUACUAAUUUUACCUCAGUGUUGUUCCACUGCUACUCCAUGAUAAAUAAUGUUUUUUUUAAGGCGAGUAAAUAAAAUGUACUUAAUAUUUCUGCACAGUAAACAUGUAACUUUUUGCUGCAAAAUGUAUGUCUUUUUCCUUGCAGCUUUUAAUUAUAAUCAAAAUAAAAUAAAGAAAAAUGGCUAAAGGU